AUGACAAGGGACAUCCAGAACCAUCUUCUUUUCGAGGUUGCUACUGAAGUCGCCCAUAAAGUUGGAGGCAUAUAUUCGGUGCUCAAGUCCAAGGCCCUCAUCACUGUAGCCGAGUACAGAGAACGGUAUACUUUAAUUGGCCCACUCCACCAUGAAAGUGCCCAAAUUGAAGUGGAAGAAAUCCCUGUGGCGGACCCGCUUGUUCAAAAGACAUUGGAUUCUAUGAGUGAGCGGGGCAUCAAGUGGCUCUAUGGCAGGUGGUUGAUUGAAGGAGCUCCACGCGUGCUUUUGUUUGAUAUCCAAUCUGCAGGGUACAAGUUGAAUGAGUGGAAGGCCGAUCUUUGGAACGCCGCGGGCAUACCAACGCCAGACCACGAUUCCGAGACCAAUGACGCCAUUCUUUUGGGCUAUCUUGUGGCAUGGUUUUUGGGCGAGUUAGUCUACCACGACCGGGAGCGGGCAGUGAUUUGCCACUGCCAUGAGUGGUUGGCUGGAGUCGCGUUGCCGCUUUGUCGCAAACGGAAAAUCGACGUCACCACCAUCUUCACCACCCAUGCCACAUUGCUCGGACGGUACUUGUGUGCUGGGUCCACGGACUUCUACAACAAUUUGCAAUAUUUUGACGUGGACGCCGAGGCAGGCAAGAGAGGUAUUUAUCACCGUUAUUGUAUUGAGCGCUCUGCCACACAUUCGGCCGAUGUAUUCACUACCGUCUCGCAUAUUACAGCGUACGAGUCUGAGCACUUGUUGAAGAGAAAGCCAGACGGGGUUUUGCCCAAUGGUUUGAAUGUCGUAAAAUUCUCUGCCGUGCACGAAUUCCAGAAUUUGCAUGCGAUGAACAAGGAGAAAAUCAAUGAGUUCGUGAAGGGCCAUUUCUACGGCAAUUAUGACUUCGACUUGGACAAUACCUUGUACUUCUUCAUAGCUGGAAGAUACGAGUUCAGAAAUAAAGGUGCUGAUUUUUUCAUCGAGUCGUUGGCCAGAUUGAACCACAGAUUGAAGCAGGCUAACUCAAAAAUGACCAUCGUCGCGUUCAUCAUUAUGCCAGGAAAAAUCAACUCUUAUACCGUCGAAACAUUAAAAGGACAGGCUGUGGUCAAGCAAUUGGAAAACACCAUUUCAGAAGUCCAAAAAAAGAUUGGGGAACGUUUGUUCGAACACUGUGCUAGGUUCCCUAACUCGCAUGCCAUUUCCAACUCUAACGGAGAUGAAGUCCCAUCUAUUGAUGCUUUGAUUAAGCCAGCAGACAGAGUUUUGUUGAAAAGAAGAAUUUUCGCUUUGAAAAGAGAAGGCUUGCCCCCAAUUGUUACACACAACAUGACAGAUGAUGCCAACGAUCCAAUCUUAAACCAGAUUCGUCGUGUGCAGUUGUUCAACAAGCCGGAAGACAGGGUCAAAAUCAUUUUUCACCCGGAGUUCCUCAAUGCAAACAACCCCAUUUUGUCCUUGGAUUACGAGGAAUUUGUGAGAGGAUGUCACUUGGGAGUGUUCCCCUCGUACUACGAGCCUUGGGGAUAUACUCCAGCAGAAUGUACCGUCAUGGGUGUUCCAUCUAUCACGACGAACUUGUCUGGCUUUGGUGGCUACAUGGAGGAUUUGAUCGAGAACACUAGCGACUAUGGAAUCUACAUUGUCGACCGCAGACAAAAGUCCGUUGAUGAGUCUAUCAAUCAACUCGUUGACUACAUGUUUGAUUUCACAGAGAAGACAAGGAGACAGAGAAUCAACCAGAGGAACAGAACUGAGAGAUUAUCUGAUUUGUUGGACUGGAAGAGAAUGGGACUCGAGUAUGUUAAAGCCAGGCAAUUGUCCUUGAAGCGCGCUUACCCACACAUGUUCAAAAACGGUAAUAAUCCCUUCCAGAACAGCCUGAACUUGAAAUUGACCAGGCCACUCUCAGUGCCAGGCUCGCCCCGGAGCAAAAUCGGUUUGAUGACCCCCGGUGACUUGGGCUCUUUGCAGGAAGCCGCACAAGGCUUGGAGACCGACGAUUAUGUGGGAUUUAGAUUAGGCGAUAAUGCCGAUGAAGACGGCGAAGAAGCGCCAUAUCCGUUGACCUUGAGAGGCGCAUCCGUACCACCUCAAGACAACUGA